AAGGACAUGCUGGUUUGCAAAAAAAUUGGGUCAACAUUGGGCUUUUAUCAAAUAUCGGCCAUCAGUGUUGGCCACAGUGGAAGUUCUCUUUGACCGCAGCUGCAUAAAAAGCCUUUGAACAUGAUAUGAAAUUUUAUUGUCUUUGUACAUUUUUUUUUUUAAUGCAAUUGGUCAAUCAGGUUUUUGUAAAUCAAUCCUUAAUUUAAAGGCACGAAGGAAAGAAUUUGAUUUGAUAAGAGUUUUAGUGUCCUGUGCUGGUCUACAUGCAUUUUAAGAGGCUUUCACACACUGUCAAGAAUAAAAUUCGCUAGGAAGCUCUAAUUCAUUCAUUUUCCAAGCCACUUAUCCUAAUUAAGGUUGCGGGUGGGGUGCCUUUCCCAGCACAAACAUAAUAGACAGAUUGGAAACAGUAAAGCAUAUUUUUAAGGUUGUGUGUAAUAAGUGAAUGUGUUGCACUGAUGAUGUUUUAGUUGCUAAAUUAAGCAUUCUUCUUUUUUUUUUCUCCACCACUGCUGAGUUUCCCCUUUAUGUUGUUGUUUUCAGAGUAGUUGGGUUGCAGGAGAGGAACUGGAAAUAGGUGCACAGUAACACCUUAAAGCUGGACUAGUGAGCAACUUUGCAAGCGGCCGCUGUUAAAUUUAGCCUCAAGCUGCAUUUGGACAAAUUGGGUGAAUCUACAGGAUUUCAGUUAGACGGGAUAGAAUGCUCCUCUUUAUUUCAGUGCACUGUAUGAUUUAGGCUGAUAAGAUAAGGUUUAUUUUUACCAAUAAAAUAAAAUAAAAUAAAUAAAAUCUCAUGUAGUACACCUUUAAAAUGAAAACGAUAGCUACUAUACUGUACUGGCUUUGUGGCUUUUGCCGCUUUCAGAAGAGGAGCAUUAGUCCAGUGUUGAGGUACACACUAUCUUGUGGUGAACAACAAAUCCAGCUCACUAGCAGAGCAUGCAGCCUCAACACAUCGUGAUAAAAAAUGAACAUAAGAAUGAACAUGACUCGAACUCUGAAAACAUCAGAAACCCUUGAUUUGUAUUUUUAUUUUUCUUUAAUUGGACUUUCAUAUGGACCAAACGAGAGACUGUGUUUCAACAUUACAAUCACCAGCCUAUUCAUCAUCAUCACCACCACAAUCAUCAUCAUCAUCGCCAUCACACUCAUGAUAACCACAGUGAUGCAAUCGUGGCAUUUCCUUUUGAUAGAACACAGUUUAACAACGGCUGCAGCUGGUCUGAAAUGAAAAAUACAUCUUUGAAUCAAAACUAUUUAAUGAGAUCAUUUCUCUCACUGCCAAAGUUUUUUUUCUGCACUAUUUCUGUCACAUCCUGAUGUGCACUUCAUGUAGUUCAAGUGACUUGUUUACCUGCUUGUGUGGUGUAGAACAGGAAACGUGACAAAUUAAGACCUCAAGCAAAACCAAAGAUGACGAAUUUCCUGUGCACUGUUCUGCUGGCAAACUGUGUGUUUAUGAUUCUGUUCCAACGGAUAUACUCUCUUUACACAUAAAUAUGCAAUAUGCACAAGAUCAGUUUAAGUCAACACUUGUAUGGGCUGUGAGUAUAAACUGAAUCAAGUGGUAGUUAACAUGAUUUUAGUGGUGCUGUUAGCUUCAGCACUAGUGCAUCAUGACGUAUUCUGUGUGUUUGAUUGCCGUAUCAUCUUUGAGAGCAAGCUGUACAAUGCACUCAACAGCUUUUAGGCCGACCACUCAGACUCUCUUGUGGGAAUAGAGCAGAAAAACCACAGGGAAGAGGAAGUGAACACUUCUCUGUCGUCAGUAUCUUCUGCUCACAAGCAUCGCCGGCGCUGCUACUUCUCUUCUUCCUUCUGGAGUAAUGCGUGUCUGAAACCUCCUUGCUGGCACUAUGGAAAAAUUCCAGGCUGUCCUGCAGUUCUUAAUGAACAAGAAGGCCACCAUUGGCUACAGUUUCAUGGCCCUCAUGACCAUCGGCGGGGAGCGAAUCUUCUCCAUGGUGUCUUUCCAGUGCCCCUGCAACCACGACCAGAACUUUGCCUACGGGCUGACCUUCCUGCUGGGCCCAGCCGCGGUGCUGUUGCUUUUUGGUCUGUUCUUUAGCAGCAGGUUGUGGAGGCUCUACACCGGCUGCUGCCUGAACCCGAUAAAGCUUUGCCCCCGGGGGAACUGCUUCGGCUGCUUCAGGGUGGUCCUGAGCAUCUUCACCGGUGCCUGCGUGGCCCCUAUAAUGUGGCUGUGCGUGGCCCUGCUAAAUGGGACUUUUUACGAAUGUGCUGUCAGUGGCCUCGAUGAUAACCUGGUGGUGGAUCUGUUCUGCAAAAACAAGACCUUGAAGUGCCGGGAGGAGCUGGCCAGAGUGCCGUGUGACAGGUCCAAGCUGUCCAGCGAUGAGCGGAUGGAGCUGCUCUUAAUGUUCAGGGCCCAGUCACAGAUCCUAGGCUGGCUCAUCAUCAUCAUAGCAGCAACUGUUGGCCUCCUUGGCGCCUGCUACAAAAACUGCCGCUCCAAGGUGAGCUACCUGCAGCUCACCUUUUGGAAACGCUACAUGGAGAAGGAGAGGGAGCGCUUUGACACCUUCGCUGGAGAAUACGCCACCAAGCUGGCCGAGAGGAACCUCCGCAGCUUCUUUGAGAACAAGGACCCCGAGGCCUUCCCGUUCCCCAACCACAGAGCCUGGGAAGAGAUCUCAGCGCUCUACACGUUCUCCAGGAGUGAGCAAUAUUACAGCACACUGCAGCGGUAUGUGGAGAGGACAGACAGGGACUUCAGCCCGGAGAAGAAAACCAUCAUAGAUCUGGAGGGUGGCAUGGAGAUGAGCUAGGGGAGGAGGUGGCUCACCACUGGGGACAAUCAAGGAAACUGCACUAUAUGCCUAUUGUGUAUGAGUUUGACUCAGGGGAAGAUGCCCAAAGCUGCACAAAGCUACCCUUUCAGUAUGUUAUUAUCAAAGAAUGUGGCCAUCUCUGCACUACGGAUGAGGAAGAGCAAAAAACUUCUUCUAAGCACUAAAUGCAAAUAAAGGUCAUAACCACUAUUUUAUACUCGCUUAACUUCCCUCUACCUCCUUGUAUCACUGCAUGUAUUUCAG